AAGAUGAACGCAGCAGCCGUGUCCGCGUGCCUGUUUUUCCUCCUGUCUUGUUGCUCGGCGUGCUACAUCUCCAACUGCCCCAUUGGCGGGAAACGCUCCAUCAUGGACGCCCCGCUGCGCAAGUGCAUGUCGUGCGGCCCCGGGGACAGGGGCCGCUGCUUCGGCCCCAACAUCUGCUGCGGCGACGGCUUCGGUUGCUUGCUGGGCUCCCCGGAAACCGCUCACUGCCUGGAGGAGAGCUACCUGCUCACCCCAUGCCAGGCCGGGGGGAGGCCCUGCGGCUCUGAGGGCGGACGCUGCGCCCCUUCAGGACUCUGCUGUGAUGCAGAGAGCUGCACCGCAGACCAGUCAUGCCCCAUGGAUGACGAGGCGGACGAUCAAGUGGGGCAAUACGACGGCGGCGACCACGGUGACAUCAUCGUGCGGCUCCUCCAUCUGGCCGCUCACGCCUCCCCUCAUCGACUCGGUCAGUGA